AUGGAAGACCCGAAAUGGGGCCUGAGAGAAGAAUGCCAGAAGGAGGAGGAGGAAGAGGAGGAGGAGAAGGAGGAGGAGGAGGAAGAGGAGGAGGAGGAGGAGGAGGAGGAGGAGGAGGAGGAUGAGGAGGAGGAGGAGGAGGAGGAGGAGGAGGAGGCAGAGGAGGAGGCAGAGGAGGAGGAGGAGGAGGAGGAGGAGGAGGAGGAGGAGGAGGAGGAGGAGGAGGCCUACCUUUUUAGGUUUCCCACGACUCUUUUUUUGGUUCCAAAUUGA